UAUCCAGGUUGAUGCGAGGAUGAGCGUGGAAUUCUCUGGAAUUCUACAUGAAUCACCUGGUCAUGUUGGCUUUUCGACUUUCUUUCGUUAUUUCUUGUUCUCAACAUGCUUGGGAGGUUUGAAAGGCAGCAUGCGAUUAUACUGUGUUAUAGCCCGGGAACUCUCCCCAUCCCGUUGUACGUGUUUCGACUUGCCGACGCAGCUGCUGUUGCAGCUGCUGAUGCAGGUGAACAUGAUGUUGACUUUGGGGAGCGUGGAUAUAUUGUUCUUUUUCCUUAUUUGUGUCAUCCAUGGGUCUCGGAUCAAGAGCAUCUGGCUCCAAACCGCCUGCUCUCGCUCUCUCUCUCUCUAAUCUGCCAAGGCAACAUCAGCACGAAAUGCGUCGGCCUUCGAUAUAGAAACGACCCUCCCACGUCUUUCUCAUCACCCUCGUCAUCUCAACACUCUCUUUAUGGUGCUACGGCUCGGAACGGCGAACCUGAUCAGUCCUGCUUGUGUCAUUGCAUUUCUUUUCCUCUCUCUUCUUUAUUUCCUUCGUCCCGCAUUCCCGGCACGAGUCAUUUAAUACUAGAGUUCCGUCUUGUGUUUGUCAGAGUACAUGAUCAGUGCCCCGAACCUCUUACCUUUCCUCUUCGACCCGUCUCUGACAUCUACCACUCUAUCACGUCGGGUCUCUCGUGGCUGGUCUUUCGAUGGUAAUUUUAAUGAUGUGGCAGAAGGGCGUUUGGCAUUUGGUGGAAGUCCUCGCGUGUCGUCCGGGCAGACACUGAUUUACAAAGCAUUUUUAGCAUUUAAAUGUUUGAAUAUGCGGCCCCGUGGAAUGCGUGUGCAGGACUAAUUGAGUCCUCGGUCAAGGAGUUCAUGCGAUAGCGGCCUGCGGCUGUUUCUGUUUACUUUUUUCUUCUUUUCAAUUC